AACCCAUGAAGUAAAAAAAAACUGACCACCCCACCCCCCCAAAAAAAACUUGCCCUAGCUCACUCUCUCUCCUCUCAUCUUGUUCCAUUCUUUACCACCUCUCUAUGUAUCACAAUUAUCAUACAAGUUACAACAACCUAAGCUCCUUGUUCUGAUUAUUGUUUUAUUUUUUGUUACAAAGAAGAGAAAUGGGAAGUAGUGGAAGGGCUUUUAAGGCCGUGUUUGGGUCACUUGUAUUGGUAGGAUUUAUUUGGUUGUUGUUGGUUGGUGUUUCGCAUUCAAAAACUGGAGAAACAAACAUGAGUUCUUGGCUAGGAGGAAGAUUCAAGCGUCUGGAGACGAUAGGAAGUGAGAAGCUUGAUGUGCAACCGAGGUCGGAUCUUAACUUCAUGAGCAAAAGAAGAGUUCCUAAUGGACCUGACCCUAUACAUAACAGGAGAAUUGGGAACUCUCGACAGCCGCCUGGUCAUGCUUAGGCAAACAUAAUUUGACAAGUAAUUGCCCGUGGAGCUUAUUAUGAGACUCAUUUUGAUAAUCUAUUCUACUCAUUCUUAAGUUUUAGUGUGUAAUUUAUCCAUUAAAAAAAAUCGUAUUGAUCCAAUAAUAGUAGCUAUGUAAUUUUAUCUUUUUUGUCUUAAAAAAACAAAAUAGAUAACAAGUAUGAUUUUAAAAAUAAACUAUUUAUUAUUUUGAAGACAAAAAGGAUAAAAUUAUAUAGUUAUGAUUAUCAGGUCAAUCUGAUUUUUUUCAUUGAUGUCUACACAGUGAAUCCUUAAAAAUGGACAGAAUAGAUCAUCAAAAUGAGACCCAUAUGGGUUCUUUGAGAAGCUUCAACAAAAGGGCAACAAAUGGCAAAAUCCAUGUCUGGCGUCUCUUGUAUGUAAUUUGUGAAAAAUGGGAAUACAAAUGCUCAUGAAAACAUUUGAUCAUUAAUAUCCCAGAUAUUGUGAGGUGUUGUAUGAGAUUUUUUAGCUUAUUACACAAAUUGUUGUAGUGAGGUAUUGGUAGGUAGCAAAAGAAAAAGGAAGCUUCUGUCACACAAAAUACACUGAAAAAGAAUCACUGGAAAGAGUAAACAGCCUAUGCAGAUACCCCACUUCAGUGAUUUUUUUUUCUCUAUUUAUUUCAGAGAUAUAAAUUUGAUAGGCACGGGAUUUUUUUUAUCUUAAAACUUUUGUGUUUGUUUUCUUAAUGUAUUUUUAAUUAUACAAUCGUACAUUGAAAUUUUUAUA